UGUUUACAUGGUAUAGACAUGACACACAGGUCUAAAAAUAAAAUAUACCUAGGUAGUUAUGUAAUUCCUGAUCAAUUAUUAUUUUAUAGAAGAAUGGAUUGCUUUUUGAAACUGAAAAGCAGUGGAUUUACAUCCUGGGUCAGGCAAAGUAGGCAACUUGAUUAAAUUGACAUUGAAAAACAACCUAGAAUUAAUACAUUAUUGCAACAAAGCAAGUAUAAUAAAAACAACAUAAUCAAGGAAUCCAUUUCACUGAAAAUUUUGAUAUAGAAAUUGUAAUUAUUGAUCUUAAUUUGGUUUAAAAACACUGUAUAAUCCUCAACCUCGUAUGUGGACAAAGCUACAGGUGUCUCAUACAUUUCUAUAAACAAUUUCAACAUCAAGUAUUUAUUGAUGUUUGCAUUAAACAUAUCAGCUACAGGUUGUUGUUCUGCACCAAGAUAACAAGUUGCAAAAUAUUUACUAAAGAAAAACAACUUCACUUUAAAUAAAAGACAAAGAAUAACAUUGAAACUGCCUCACAUAAAAUCACAUGUGAAUUUUGUAAUAUAGUGAAUAUGAGGUUAAUGUAAUACAGUUCCAAGUUGUUUGUGCAACUAUUAGGCGAUGUUACCAAAUAUCUUAAAUUGUUUAAACAUACUUCUAACACCAUGUUUACUGAGGCGAUCUAGAGUAAUCCUUAUACAGAACAAAAUUAUAAGUGACCAGCAGCUCGCGAAUAUCGAUCCUAGGCUUCAGAUAGAUAUGGAUCCGUUAGCACAUCGGCACCUUCGUCCCGAAAUGAUGUUCAUCCGUGAAGAGUUGCGGCAAGCGAAGUGGCAGACAUUGGCGGUACGCCGUACUGCCCUGAAGAAACUUUUGCUAAAGGAUUUCAUGCAAGAAGAUUGUGAACUCAGGAAUAUUGGACUCGCCUACUCACCUCCCGAUCCUUGAAAUCGUUACCAAGUUUUAUAUGAAGGAACGAAUAAA